CGAGGUUUUGACUCAGUGUGAAGGCCGGGCGAUUGGCAGCAAGACACGGCGCGUUUUCUGUGUAAAAAGGGAAGAGGCUGCCAACAGUGUGUGGCGCAGUGGUAGCGUUCUCGUCUAGCAAUCUUGCUGACCCGCAUUCAAUUCCCCCGCUGCCAGUGGAUGGUAACCACGGGCAUUCCCUGCACAGAGGGGUACAUGUUUGUGUAAUCGUGACAUCGUAAGCUUGUGAUAAGACUUCAUCUUCUAGUUUGCAGUAACGUCGACUGUAACAAAAUCUCACUGAAACGAGUUUAUAUCACGCUUCCAUUGGCACAGAACGACGCGCGGACACAGUUUGCUGGAAAAUGAAUGGUAAUGCGAAGGAUGUUGAGUGACAAGUCCCUAUGAUGACGUCACAAGAGGAAGACCAACAUUACAAGAACGGGAGAAUGGAGCCUGAGAGUGGAAGAAGAGAACAGAGCAAUCCGUUUGUAAUGAAGGAGGGCGUGUUGAAAAGGGGCGUGUCGAAAAGGGGCGUGGCUUCAUCACCUCUUGUUCCUCCCGAUGGCGGUUGGGGCUGGUUUGUGUCAUUAGGCACCACUGCAUGCGCGAUGAUUCUCUCCACGCAAGGCCCCUGCUUCGGCAUCCUCUUCGGCCCCAAACUCCGCGAAAUGAACGCCCCCCCUUCUCUCGCGGCUUGGCUCUUCAACUGCCAGUCCAUGGUGUGGAAUCUUGCAGGUCCUUGGGCAGGACCUCUUAGUUCAAGGUUCUCCUACAGGAAGGUGGCUGUGACGGCGGCUCUCAUGUCUGCCUCUUCUCUCUUCCUUUCUGCGCUCGUCUCUUCGCCGUACCUCCUCUUGUUGACAUUUUCUCUUCUUCACGGAAUUGGCGGCGGGAUAAACAUUACCUGUUGCUUUCACAUGAUAGCGAAGUACUUCAAGAAACGUUUAGGAAUCGCCAACAGCAUUAUGAUGACGGGAGGCUCAGUGGGGAUUAUUCUUUUGCCUCAACUCGCAUCCCGUCUCCAGGAAUACUACCCGUUCACUUGGGCAACCCUAAUAACAGGCGCAGUGACGCUACAUGCUGCCGUGGGAUCUCUCUUGUUCCAGCCGGUGGAGUGGCACUUGAAGGAGGAAAACAGUGAUCCCGAAGUGCCACCUCACAUGGAGAAGCUGCUCCUCGAACCAAGGACGAAGAACUCCAAAGGCGACGAGUUGCCGCGAGGGUCCUCCGUUCCCUCGGGCCUCAUGCUACAGGACAACCGCGUCUCUCACCCGAAAAGAGCCCGUGCCUACAGUGAGUGCGCCCGCCUGGACCCGCCGACUGAGAGGGAGAGGGGCAAGUUUCCUUCCUUGACUUUCGGGGGGAGUUCCCUGAUGGCGAGCGUCCACACGUUGUCUGAACGCGCACCUUCGAGGGAUUCGCUUGAGAACACAGAGGGCUCGGCAGGAGUGUGGCAGCAUUUCAAGAACCACUACAAGCCUUCGGUUCUGAAGGAUCCUUUAGUCAUUUCUGUGGCAGUAGUGAAUUGCAUCACCAUGGUCGCUGCGCUAAAUGUUUUUAGCACGAUUCCCUUCGUGUUGGACGAGGCCGGCUACUCGCUGCAGGAGUCGGCGACGGUCAUGUCCUCGGCGGCGAUCAUCGACCUCGUGACCCGACUGGCCGGCGCCGCCAUCACCGACCUCCCGCACUUCAGGCCCAGGGCGGUGUUCGGCUUCGCGCAGCUCGUCUACGUGGUCACGCCCUACGUGUUAUUGGCGCGGACAGACGAGUGGCUGGUCGUAAUGGCUAGUGCCGGAGCCUUCGGGAUGGGCCUCGGCUGCCUGUAUUUACUCGACGUCCUCCUCAUGGUGCGGCUCCUCGGGGUGGAGAAGCUGCAGUCGGUCCUUGGAAUGAGUCAGCUUCUUCGCUCUGUGGCCUUUAUUUUCAUAGGUCCUGUGGGAGGGUCCAUUCGCGAGGCCUCGGGGAACUACUGGGCAACACUAGCCUUCUAUUCUAGUUCCAUGCUGGUUGGCUUUGUUAUUAUGGUCAUCACGGCUCUAACCCACCGGCCGAAACCCAACCUAGAGGAAGAUGAUGAAUCCUAACCAUUGGCAACCAUAGGCAUGAUAUCAUCUGGGAGAAGAUACUAUGGACACCCCCACCCCCCCACCCCCAGCAGUGCCCUGUGUCUCUCCGUCGCCCGGCCUGGCCCUAUCAAAGCUUAACCUUGACGUUUCACUUAGCCUUGACUCAUUAUUCAGGUUAUCAUGAGAAAACGACGUAGUAUCGAGGUCGGUUCUUGAGUUAGGAAUACGAAGCUAGUGUAGAAAGGUAAAGUCUAUUACCGUGGAAUCAGCAGUGGAUAGAAGCGUUCAUUUUCCAAGUGCACAUUUUCAUAAGUGUUCCGUCAAGUCUUGAAGGAUUGCAUUGUGGAAAUAUAUAUCUGACUCGUAGCCUGCUAUCUCCGAUGCUUUGAUAAAAUGGCCUUGUCUGUUUAUUUUAUUACCUCCGCCAAGGAGGUUAUUUAUAUAUCUUUUUAAUGUAUUUCUUUGCUAAGAAUUCUACACGUCUUCCAAGCGAACAUAAAUGUGAUUGGGAUACACAAAUAAAGGGGGACCAUAAAGAGUGAAAAGGAGAAAAAUGUCACAUGACUUAAAUAUUAAUAGAUAAUGCCAGAUUAAAAAUGGACAAAUAUAUGAGAAAAAAUGAUUAUCACGACGUUGCGAUAAAGCGAUAAAGACACAUGCUUGUAAUACAAGAUACGAACGAUAAGGGAAAAAGGGCUACGAACCCAUAGUGUUUUUUUUAUAUCAACUGGUCAUCGGAUGGUAAAAUAUAUAUAUUAUUUAAAUUUAUUAUUUAAAUUCAAAGCCUGCCAUACAGGAGUGACAACUCUUAAAUGUCAAUUGUAAGUAUGAAUAUCCAAGCCAGAUUAAACAGGUAUUUUUAAUGA